CUAAGAUCGUUUAGUUGAAGCAUUCGGAACAAUCCAUUAAAAAAAUUAUUCAACAAAAUGAAUUUGCUGCCGUUUUCAGUGUUCUCAGUGAUUGGUGUCAAUUUUUGUUUGUUUUUUAUUUGUAAUUUCGAUGUUGUUGAGUCCCAACAGCCUGCUUUCGAAUUGCCAGUGGAAUUGGUUGGUUUUCCUAUUAUCAUUGUGGCUGUGCGAUUGUCGAAUUUUGUCAAGAAAUUGGCCUACUCUCUAAAUCCAAAAACUUAUGUGGCUAGAUCGAAGCGUGAGAUAGCUUCAGAUGAAAUGAUCGACAUGAUUGAAGCUGAGAAACGAUUGGUCAAAUCUUUAGGAGAAAAUGUGUGCAUUUACAAAAAAGUAUGUCUACAUCACGCAGAGAAGGCUCAAAAAACUUUAGGCAACAAAGAAAAUAAACAAAUUGAUUGGGAUGAAGUUUUUAGUAACUAUAAAGAAGCCAAAGAACAGCAAAAAGAAUUUUAUUUACUUAGUGUUUUUUUGGGGGAUUUCAUAGCUUCCCCUAAAUUCUGUACUCUCAUGGCUAAAAGACGCCAGUGUUCCUCUUAAAUACCUUUAUGAUUAUAUACAUUAAUUUGGCCAUAUAAAUUAAAAACAUAGUCGUAAUGUGAUAG